AUGUCCAACGACACUGCUUCUUGGAUUCCUGAGUUCCUCGGCAAGACCAUCGACGACGGCCGUCUCCUCCUCACAGAGGUGCUCGGGGAAGGCGCGUACGGUGUCGUCUUCCACGGCGUCACGAUCGCAAAACCCGGUGACCCAUCGUCAUCGUCCGGAGACUUCGUAUCGAAGGAGUUCGCCGUCAAAAUCAUGGAGAAGGCGGACCCCAAGUCCCGUCGCUGGCGCUACCAGCAGCGUGAAGUCGCCGCCCAUCUCGUCGUCGAGGACCACCCGAAUAUCGUCUCCAUCCACGGCGCGUAUGAGUGCGACUACUUCAUCUACAUCGUCCUCGACUUCUGCGCGGGUGGCGACCUCUUUAACCCCAUGAUGGAGCGCUUCAUCUACGCCCGCAACGACGAGCUCCUCAAGCGUGUCUUCGUCCAGGUCCUCGACGCCGUCGAGUACUGCCACGGGCAGGGGAUCUACCACCGUGACUUGAAGCCGGACAACAUCCUCACCAACGCGGAGGGCACGGACAUAAAACUGGCGGACUUCGGUCUUUCCACCACAGCGAAGGUCAGCGACACCUUCGGCUGUGGCAGCGCCAACUACAUGAGUCCUGAGUGCAUCGGCGAGGACUAUGACUUCCACCCCUUCUCCCCCGAAGCUGCCGACGUCUGGUCGCUCGGCAUCAUCCUCACCAACCUCGUUGCGGGUCGCAAUCCCUGGGAGUACGCCACGACGAAGGAUAAGAACUACCUCAAGUUCCUGUCGCACCCGGGCCACCUCCGCUCCAUACUCCCCAUCUCGGAGGAGACGGAGGAGAUCCUCUACCAGAUCUUCAGCUCCGACCCGGCCACGCGCAUCACCAUCCCCGAGCUCCGCACACGCAUCCUCGCCGUCGGCACGUUCUUCAUGAGCGAAGAAGACAUCAAGCGCGGCAGCAGGUACAUCCAGGUCGCAGCCGCGUCGUACUGCCCCCGCGCCGCCGUGGACGUCGCGCUCGCCCAGACGCAGUCCGUCUUCACCGACAAGGAAGCGCUGCAGCUCAUCCACGAGGAGAACCUGAAGGCGUCACGCACCCUCUCGUCUCCGAAGGCACAGUUCGUCAUCUGCACGUCCUCCGACAUCUCGGAUAGCUCCAGCUCCAGCUCGAGUUCGGGGUCCGACAGCUGUGUCGACGGGAGGAAAUUGACAAGCACUCCAGCGACCAGUACCGAGAAGCCGAUGCAGUUGGCGGAAAUUCCGGGAUACAAGGGCAAUAAGCGGAUAGGAGCCGUCAUGGCAUCGGAAGUGCGCAAGGGUCGUUCGUUACCCAUAUCCUCGAACGAUACGCCUCUUGUUGUCACUAUCGCCCUGUAA